AAGGCCCUCGAGCUGAUGCUCUCGGUGCCGAGCAGGGCGGCGCACAACAGGUUUCUCGAGAAUAUCGAAGGAUUCAGAGGCAACCUGCAAAAGCUAGGCCGUGUGCUAGCGCACGAGUACUUUGGCGUUCGGGACAGGGAGAACAAGAUCAAGGAGCGCUACCUGUUCCUCUUCAAGUCGCGCAUCCUGAUCACCAAGGCGAAGCGGCUGUCGGACGACAAGUCGAUCUUCAUCCUCAAGGACAUCGUGCGCCUGCCGGACUGCACGCUGAAGGAGAUCGACGCGCGGGCCUUCGAGCUCCAACCGAAGUCCAAGGGUGAUCCGGUCCAUCUGAUCGCAUACUCAGAGGAAGCGAAGCGGCGCUGGAUCUACGAGAUCGAGGAGUACGCUAGCAACGCCGUCGCCCUGCAGGAGCACUCCAACGACGAUCUGCGCAUCGAUCCGACGCAGACGAACAUUGACGACACCAUCAUCAAGCUGCCGCAACGCAUCGAAGCGCACAAGACCGACGAAAACAUCCGCCCGUCGGACAUAGCGGAUAACUACGUCGUGUUCAAGCACAAAACGAGCCGCGACGAGUCACACCAAGCGCUCCAAAAGAUCCAGUUCCUGCAGCAGCAACAACAACAGCAUCUACCGCUAGCGGAACAAGGAGUCGAGCCUGCGGAAGAGGAAGAAAAAUCCGCCUCCGUUCAGGAGCGUUUGGCCGCGUUCGAAGUGAAAAAGUCCAGCAAGAAGCUCGACCUAACACACACGAAGCAGGAGAGCAGCACCACCGCGGUAGUGCAAUCCCACGAGGUGGUGCAGCAAAAGUCGUCCACGUCGACGACCGCAUCCGUCAGCGUCGUGAAGCAACAGGAGGCGCAGGAAUCGCAUCGGACCACCGCCGUCAAGCGCCAGCAAGAGGUGCAGCUCGAAAGCAUCUCGAAGAGCAGUAAGGUGCGCGUCGAAUCGUCCACCUCGUCUGCCUCGUCCACCUCGGAAUCGCUGUCCAUCGCGACGGAAACAACGGCCGAUACCCAACAGCAACUCAUCGAUCAGCAAACUAAGAUCAAGCAGAUCGAAUCCAAGUACGCCGCGCUCAAGCAAAAGCAGCUCGAGCAGAAGUCGGACAUCGUGGACGCCAAGUUCCAGAUUGUGGAGUCAAAGUUUGCGGCGCUCAAACAGAAGCAGGAGAAGCUUCUGCACGAACAGCACACUCAAGUGAGUUCCACCGUGCAGCAGCAGCAGCAGCAACAGACGAGCAGUGUGCAGCAAAUCGAAGCCAAGUACGCGGCCCAAAAGCAGGAAGCGACUCGGCAGGAAACCCAGAGCACAGAGGCCGUGUCGAAGAUACAGCAGAUCGAAUCGAAGUACGCUGCGCGAAAGUCGUCACUCACGUCGUCUGCGGAAGAGUCUGUGAAGCAGAUCGAAACCCAACAGACAGUAGCCGGCACCGUUCAGCAAUCUUCGCAGCAAUCCGUGACCGUGACAGCUACCACCGAGGAACCGCUCACGAAACUCCAGCAGCUCGAGUCGAAGUACCAUGCGCACAUCAAGCAGGCGAAGGAGUUGGUAAAAGAGUGUGCCGAAGUAGCGCCAGCUGGCGACGAAACAAAACCGGCCACGCCGGAGGACACACCACCGGUGGAAUCACUGUCAAAGAUUCAGCAGAUCGAAUCCAAGUAUGCCGCUCUGAAAGCACGUCAGCAGCAACAGCUCCAAGAAAUCCAACAAGUUGAAGUAAAAUCAACCGAAUCAACCGUGGUCUCGGUACAGUCGCAGCAGGACCAAACGACGUCGGCGGCGGCCAGCGAGGAACCACAGUCGAAGAUCGCACAGAUCGAAGCAAAGUACGCCCUUCGCCGGCAGCAGUCUCAGCAGAAUCCCGACGAGGUAGCGGCUAAGGUAGCUUCGACCGAAUCGAAGCUUCCGGUGGCCGUGAAGAAGGAAGAAAAGGUCGAACAAACGUUGGUCAGUAAGGGCUCCGAAUCGGUGACCGUUUCCAAAACAUCGCAGGUCACUGAAAAACAAAAAUCCGAACAGCUCUCCAAAACCACAGCGAAAGUUGCAGAGGCAUCCCAGCAGCCGUCGGAGACUAAGCCUGUGGCGGAAGCUAAGAAGAAGAUCCCGGAACCCCUGAAGCUAUCCGACCCACCGGUAACUAAAGUCGACGAAAAGCGUCCCGAUUCUCCCAAGAAGUCCAAGGGUGGCAAGGGCCCCAAAUCACCUUCGCCAAAGAAAACGGUGGAACCAUUCAAGGCCGCACAGGCACCGAAACCGGAAAGUCCAAAACAACAGGCAGCGUCGAAGCCGGCGGAAGUUGUCAAGCCUAAAGAGAGCCCGGAAAGUAAGCCAGUCGAGCCAUCGAAGCCUAGCGAAUCUGUGGCACCAACCAAACGAGUUGAAACUCCAAAGGCUACUGUGGCAGAAAAAUCAACGGAACCGGUGAAACAAUCGCCAAAAGCUGCGGAGAUCAAAAAACCAACGGAACCGGCAAAGACCGUAGAGCAGGCCAAACCUACGGAACCGGCAAAACCCAAGUCUGUCGAGCAACCGAAGCCUACUGUUGCAGCGAAACCUGCAGAGCCUCCUAAGCCGGUCGACACUCCAAAGGCGAAGGCAGAGCCAGUGAAGUCUGUAGACACAUCCAAGAGUGCGCCGGUGAAGCCUGUCGAGCAACCGAAACCGGCUGAAGCAGUGAAACCAGCAGAGCCUUCUAAGCCGAUCGAGACUCCAAAGACUGCGAAAACCGCAGAACCAACCAAACCAACUGAACCGGCAAAACCCAAACCUGUUGAGCAACCGAAGCCUACUGUUGCAGCGAAACCUGCAGAGCCUCCUAAGCCGAUCGAGACUCCAAAGACCGCGAAGACCGCAGAACCAACCAAACCUACGGAACCGGUAAAACCCAAGCCUACUGUAACAGCGAAACCAGCAGAGACACCCAAGUCGGUUGAGAAGGCCGUAGAACCAACUAAGCCUACCGAACCAGUAAAGUCUGUAGACGCAGCUAAGACUGCGCCGGUGAAGCCUGUCGAGCAACCAAAGCAGGCUGCGACAGCUAAAACCGUAGAACCUGCCAAGCAGAUUCCCAAACCUGUGGAAACUAAAAAGACCCCCGAGCCUGCAAAGGUUGUAGAACCGCCAAAAUCGGCUGAAGCUACUAAACCCACCGAAACUCCCAGCAAACCAACCGCACUUGCCAAACCCACCGAGCAGUCGAAGCCUGCUCCGGUAGCAAAGCAACCACCGAAAGCGGCCGAAACUGUGAAGCCAGCGGAACCACCGAAGACCCCGGAACCGCCGAAAGAAGCACCCAAAACCGUACAGGCGAAACCUGCGGUAAAAGCGGAAGUUGCUUCCAAACCCGUCGAACCGGAGAAAAAAUCGCCGACCAUCGCACCGAAAUCUCCGGAGCAACCGAAGGUUCCAGAACCGGCCAAGAAAACGGUUGAACCGAAAGCUCCUGAGAAGAGCCCAGCUAUCGUGAAGCCGAGCGAACCGGUCAAACAACCGACGGAACCACUCAAGGCGGUCGAGACACCGAAACCUAAGCCAGCCGAGCCUACCAAACCAUCGAAGGUUGAGCCUCCCAAGUCUUCGCAAAAAGUUAGCCCACCACCCAAGGAAACCGACCCCAAACGGGCGGACGUAGGUAAGAAACCCGAGCCGGCCAAGGUCCCGGAACCGUCGGUUCCGAAACCGGUGGAAUCGAAGCCGGUCGACUCGGUGAAGGCCUCGGGGGCCGAAAAGAAGACCGUGCCGGACGCUGCCAAGAAGGUUGAGACUGUCACGACAAAGAAAGGUAAGUGGCCGCCGCUUGCGGUGUCCGACUCCGACUCCAACGAGGACCUCGAGUCCGUGGUGGAACAAAAGUCCCGCGAGGAGGCGCUGAACCGCAAGAUCGAGGAGAUCUACGCCCGCGAGAAGGCGGCCCAGGCCGAAGCGCGCCGCUUCCGGGAGCUCGAGGAGCAGGAGAUCCGCCGCAAGUUCGAACGGCGCGGAGUGCGUGAAAUCCAACAGAUCAAGGACACCGCAUCCGAGUUCCUGCAGCAGAUCCAGGCCACCAAAAGCUACGUGCAGUCGGUGUUGGAAACGAGCACCGAACCCCGGUUGCCGCAGCUAACCAAGGCCGCGGCCAGUGCCACCUCGGCCGGGGACACCAGUACCCAACCGGCCGGCCAGGAUUCGGACAGUUCUGCGGCCCAGCAAUCGUCGGGUCGGGCUGACCAAGAGGCGUCACCGCCGGAUCAAGGCGGAGACCAAAGUGCGGCCGGAAACGGUGAGGACGAGGACCGGAAGCGCACUCCGGCGCCCCUGCAGCUGCCGACGUUUUUCGAUCCUCCGCCACCGCCCGUCUACCAGGCGACGAUCGAGGUGUUUAUCAAGAAGGAGCGUCCACCGCCACCGCCACCACCGAAGAUCACCCGCAAGCUGGUGGUCAACACGGACGAGCUCCAGCGCAAGACGCAGGCGUUCUUCGACGGUGAAAUCAACGAACCCGAUCCGGACUUCUCGAUCGCGGCCGCCCACCGGAAGCUGAAGGGCAUCAAGAGUAUCUGCAAGAAGGCGGACGAAACGGUACUGUACGCCGAGGACACCAUCGUCAAGGCCGAACAGGGCGAGUUCGACGCGAUCGUCAUCCCGGAACCGGAGGAGGACAAGCGACCGCGGGAGCCGGCCUACGAGUACCAGUACACGGUGGAGGAUCCCGUGACGGGCACGAAAGUGUGCACGGCCGAUCCGAACGUGGUGCUGAUCGAGCGGGAGCUCCGAAUGGAGGACCAGUACGGUGGCGCGGCGCGCGGCAAGUCCCACCGCAUUAAGGGCACCACCGAAGUGCAAGAGCGAGAGCUCGCGGCGAUCGAGACGAAACACGAGUCCAAGAUGUCGACGACCAAUACGAAGAAAAUCCGCGUCCCGACCAACAUUCGGCCGCACUUCGUCAAACCGAUCCGCGGUCUCAAUGUGGAGCCGGGUGACAAUGCCAAGUUCAGCGUCCAGGUGGAUGAACACUCCACGAUGCAGUGGCUGAAGGACAACAAACCGAUGGAGGACCGGCUGGCGGAUCGCGUGAUCGCACGCGAGAACGACGAUCUGUCGUACACGCUCGAGGUGCAGCACUGUCGCGAGGAGGACAGCGGCAUCUACACGGCGCGCGCCAUCAACGGCACGGAGAGUGCGUCCUGUACCGCCCAACUGAUCGUCGAAGCACUGACCUCUGAGCAGCGUAAGGCACUGUCGCAGAGCAACUCGCCGGUCUUUAGCGUCCAGCUGAAGGACACGGAGGUGAUCGAGAAGACGUACCUCACGUUCAUGGUGAAGGUGCGGGGCGAUCCGGAUCCGAAGGUUCGAUUCUGCAAGGACGACAAGGAAAUUCUGGACACGGACAAGCGCAUGAAGAUCAAGCGCGAUCACGCCGAGACCGGCUUCUACGAGCUGGUCAUCCCGGAAGUGCACAAGGGCGACUGCGGUGUGUACUCGUGCACGGCGUGGAACAAGUUCGGGACGACCACGACCAAGGCGCAGCUGCUGGUGGCCGACCAGCACGAUCUGUUCUCCGAGCUCGACCACCUGGACGACAAGAGCAAGUUCGUGUGGAAGAAGAACGGGGCCGCGUUCGAUCCGGAGGAGCGCUUCAAGGUGCUGAUGGCGGAUGAUUCCGACUCGUUGGCACUUGUCUUCCAGCACGUGCGGCCGGAGGAUGCUGGACUCUACACCUGUGUUGCCGCGACCGCCUCGGGUAACAUCCAGUGUAGCGCUGAACUGACCGUUCAGGGGCAAGUGAACCAGCUGAAGCAGGAACCAUCCAAGCCGCACCUGGAGAUCGAGUCGAAGGAAGCGCUGGCCCGGAUCGGCGGCAAGGCGCUGCUGGAGAUGAAGGUCCGCGGCUACCCGAAACCGGAGAUCGUGUGGCGGCACGAGGGCACGAUCAUUGAGCCGGGCGGCCGGUACAAAUUCCUGUACGAGGACGCCGAGUCCGUGUCGCUCGUGAUCAAGGACGUGCAGGCGUCCGAUGCUGGCGCGUACUCGAUCGUGGCCCAGAACGAGCUCGGCGAGGACUCGACCUUCAUCAAUCUGGUCGUGAAGACGCCACCGUCGAUCACGAAACCGCACGACAUGUCGGCGAUGGUGAAGGAACCGUACAAGAUGUCGAUCGAGGUGACGGCCGUCCCGGCGGCCACCGUGCGCUUCUUCCGCAACGGCAAGGAAAUCCGCGAGGACGACCGCAUCAAGUUCCUGACCGCCGAGAGCUACCACAUCAUCAAGUUUAACCACACCAUCCUGGAGGAUGCCGGCAACUAUUCGAUAAUCGCGAUGAACGAGAUCAGCCAGGCUUCGGAGUUCUGGGAGUUUACGAUCAACUCGCCACCGCGUACUCUGCUGAAGCUGCAGGAGGAAACGAUCGUGAACGAGAAGGAAGACAUCGAGCUGAUCGUGAAGGCGGAAAGUAACCCGGCACCGAUCGUGCGCUGGUACAAGGACGGACAGGAGGUGGUGGCCGACGGUAAGCGCAUCAUCAUCGUCGCCGACGAUGGGCGGUACGUGCUGAAGAUUCACGCCGCCAACCGGGACGAUACGGCGCUCUACACGGCCGACAUCAUCAACGACUAUGGCACCGUGACGGAGAAGUCGCAGGUGAGCGUCAACACCAAGUCGAAGGUGCGCGAACAGCUGACCAACGUGACGUGCACGGAGGGUGACACGAACGUGCUGCUGGAGGUGAAGGCCGACGGUUACCCGCGUCCGAAGGUCCAGUGGUACAUCGAUGACGUGGAAAUCACGGAGUCACGCAACGAGUACAAGCUGCAGGAGGAUGGCCUCUACUAUCAGCUGCUGCUGCGGGAGGCAAAGCCCGAGAUGCAGGGUGUGUACAAGGUGCGGGUCACCAACGAGCACGGUACGGAUGAGUCGAGUGCCAAGACGAUCGUCCAGUGUUCGCCGAAGGUCCGCAAAUCGCUCGUCGACACGGACGUGGACGAAAACACGACGCUCACGCUUGAGGUGGAGAUCUACGCCGAGCCGGUGCCGGAAGUGACGUGGUUCAAGAAUGGCCAACCAAUUCAAACGGACGCUCGGUUGACGAUCAAGCGUGAUUCGCAGCGCAUCGAGAACUACACGCUCUCGUUGACGAUGGUGCGCGGCGCGGACUCGGGCGACUACGAGGUGCGAGCCGUCAACUCGAUCGGCACCGCCACGACCAAGGGGCGCGUCGUCGUGCAAAAGGCCCUCGUAGCGAGCCCCGGAGAGAACGCGGAAGCUCACCGGAUGAUCAGUGAGUGUAUGAAGAUCGGUCAGCAUGGUGAAACGGUCAUGAUCGCGGUUUGUACGGAGGAAAGCCACGCGGCCAUAGUGACAGGCCCCGAAGAAUCACACUCCGUGCACCAGAUGCGCGCCACAACGGUGAUCUUCGAGGAGGACGGCGGAUCACCCUUCGAGGAGGUGAUGCAGAAGAUCAUCUACCCAACCAAGCCACACAUUUCAUCGUGCCACGUCGAGGAGAUCGAUACCGUCACGUUUACGUCGCCCGAACAGAAGCUACGCCAGGAGUCGCUCGUCGAAUCACUAUCCGCCUCCGCUACCCGGACCGUGAUCGAAGAGAUCGAGUCCGACAGUGAGCAAACGAUGAAGGGGAAGCUGUCUCGCGGCGUGUCCAUCACCUCCGUCUCGGAAGAUGAACAGUUUUCACGUCAAAACAGCCAGCACCAGCAGGUGGAGCAGCUUCCCCAAGAACCACCAAGCAAGGGCCGACUGCUCGAAACGACCGGAUCGAUCGAGGAAGGGCGACCGAAGAAGGGAUCGAUCGAGAAAAAGGUUUCCUUCGAAGAAGAUCUACCCCAACGGGGACGGGCUGCGGAGCGGCAGAUGGUGGCCGAGGUCACUGGUGAGGCAGCCACUGGUGAACCGGCACAGGAGGAGAUCAUCGCAGCACAGGAGGCCGCUUCCGCUGGCCGAUCGCUCGUGAAAGAAUCGGUGGAAGUCAAGGAUCAAGUUGAGGCACAGAAGGCGGUAAAACUGGAACCGAAUGAAUCGGCACGCCCAGAAGCAUCGCCGGAGAUUCUGAAGACCGAUAUCGCCGACGUGACGACGUUCGACUCGCUGCCACUGGUCUGGAGCGUGGAGGCCGACGGUAUCCCGCGGCCGGAAGUGUCCUGGUACCACAACGAUGAGCUGGUGAAGGCUACCGACCGUAUUCGCAUCACCGAUUCGGGUACGAGCUACAAGAUCGAGAACCGCGACGUGAAGGAAGUGGACGCCGGUGAAUGGAAGGCCGUGGUGAAGAAUCGUAUCGGCGAAAAGUCGCUGCCCGCCAAACUGACCGUUAUUCCUUGCAAGGAGUAUCGACGCCCGAAGUUCGUGAAGGGCCUGGAGAGCAUCGCGGUGCACAAGAACGAACCGGUUACGCUCUCGGUCACCCUCACGUCGGACCCGGAGCCCGAGUACAGCUGGCUCCAGAACGGUGUCGAGGUUCAGGCGGACGAUUUUGUGCAGAUGAAAACGGAAAUCAAGGAGCUGGAUCACAACCUGAAGCAGAUCACCUACUCGCUGCACAUUGCGCAAGCGCGCCACUACGACACCGGCGACUACACGUUCCGGGCGAAGAACAAGUACGACAUUAGCGAAUCGAACGGCCGGCUGGAUGUGCUGCUGAAGCCAGAGUUUGAGAACUUCCACGAUGUGACGGUGCUGCCGUUCACGCAGGGCGUCUUCCAGGUGCUGGUGAAGGCAAACCCGAAACCGAAGGUCACCUGGACGAAGGAUGGGCUGAACCUGUGCAACAACGAUAACUGUGACGUGAUCUCGGACAUCGAGAAGGAAAUCUACACGUUGGUGAUCGAGUCUUGCGCCCUGGCCGAACACGGCACCUACACGCUGACGGCGUCGAACGUCCACGGUGAAACGGUGGCCACCGCGAACCUGAUCGUGCACACCGAGAAGCCCACGUUCACGAAGGAACCGGAUUGUCUGACCGUCCACGAUUGGGCCGACGUGUACAACAAGGUGGAGGUGCAGGGUGUCCCACGCCCGGCCAUCCAGUGGCUGCACAACGGGACCCCGCUCGAUGAGCACCAGAUCGACGAGGAGUCGCAGGAGCCGAAAAUCAAGAUCGUCACGCAGGGCGAUACGGAGGUUACGAGUGAGCUGUUCAUUAGCCACUUCGGACCGGAACUGCAGGGCGAGUACUCGUGUCUGGCAACCAGCAUCGGCGGUGAAACGGAGGCCAAAUUUACGGUUCAGGUCAAGAACGAACAGCCCGCGUUCGGGAAGGGUCUCGAUCGUUCGAUCGAUCUCGAGGAGGACGACAAGUUGGAGCUGCGCUGCAUCGUCGAUGGUAGCCCGCUGCCGAAGAUGAGCUGGUACAAGGACUCGAACGAGAUCAAGGCGGACGAUCAUGUGAAGAUCACGUACGGACACGACGGUGUGUGCCGACUGUUGGUGGAAAACUGUCUGCCCGGGGACAGCGGUUGCUACAAGCUGGUGCUCUCGAACAAGAGCGGUGACGUAACGACCCAGUGCUGCGUCGCGAUCACUCCCAAGCAAAAGGUGCCGGUGUUUAUCCGCCCGCUGCAGGACCACCGACUGACGGUCGGGGACACGCUGCACAUGGAGGCGGAAAUUGCCGGGUUCCCGAUGCCGGAGGUGCGCUGGUUCAAGGAUGGGUUGCCGCUGCGCCAAACCCGCGGCAUCAACUUCAUCAACCAGCCGGACGGGCUGAUCGGGUUCAUUAUCGAUCGCGUGACGCCCGAAGACGGCGGUAUCUACACGUGCGAGGUGCGCAACAAGAACGGCGAGGCCAAGUCGGCCUCGGUGACGGAGAUCGUGCCGAAGGGCAAGAAGCCCCAGUUUGUGGCCGAGCUGAUGGACGUCAACAUUGUGGAGGGUUUCCCGGUCAAGCUGGGCGUUAAGGUGAUCGGUUACCCGACCCCGGCGCUGAAGUUUACCCACAACGGAACGCUGAUCACCGGCGAUCGGUACCGGGUCGCGGACGAGGGCGAAGGAUACUUUACGCUGGCGCUCGACAAGACGAGUGGCACUGAUUGCGGAGAGUAUCAGGCGAUCGCGAACAACGAGCACGGUGAAACGAUCAGUGCCGCCACGGUGAGCAUCCUGCCGACGACGGAUCCAUCGCUUCCGGAAGAGCCACCAAGCUUCCUGGGUGGACUGCGUGACAUUACGGCCGACGAGGGCAAAGAGCUCACGUUCUCGGCCCGGUUCGCCGGAAACCCCGCACCGGAAGUGAUCUGGACGAAGGACGGUGAGCCAAUGCAGCCGACAGGGCGCGUGACGGUCACCUGUGACGGACGGAGUGUCGGAUUGACGAUCGCACCGGCCGAAAUGUCCGACUCGGGCGAGUACGCUUGUCUGAUGGCAAACCCCCUGGGUGAAACGGAAACCCGCGCCACAGCGAUCGUACGCAAAGUAUUCCAGAAGCCGAACUUUGUGUAUCCCUUCGGUGACCUGCAGCAGCUGCCCGGGCUGGAAGCCAAGUUCCCGGCCAAGCUGGUCGGUGUGCCGCGCCCGGAAGUGCAGUGGUACAAGAACGAAACCCCGAUCGGUCCCGACGAUCGGUACAAGACGAAGUACGAGGGUGACUGCUGUUGUCUGUACAUCAAGGAGUGCGCUCCGGAGGACACGGGAUUGUACUCGUGCACCGCCACGAACCGCGAGGGCAGCAGCACCAUCGAGGCCAAGCUGGACGUCGUGACGAGAAUUGAAAAGCGUGACGAACCGACGCCACCAUCGUUCAUGAAGAAGAUCAACGAUCUGACGCUGCUGGAGGGCAUGAAAGCCAAGUUCACCGUCUGCGUCGACGGCUUCCCGAUGCCCACGGUUGAGUGGAUCCGGGACGGCCGACGGCUAGUGCCGAGCGAGAAGUACCGCAUCGAGGCGGAGAAGAACGGACUGGCCCGGUUGAUCGUGGACGACGUGCAAGAGGAAGACCUCGGGCGGUACAGCUGCAAGGCGGUCAACAAUAUGGGUGACGCCAUCUGCCACGCGAACCUCAAGUUCGAACCGAUGGACUUCCGACCGCGGCGUCGCUACGGCAAGGGCAAGGGCAAGGAUCUGCUCCACACGCCACCGUAUCCGCUCACGGAGAAACCGAUGAUUUCGAAGCUGUCCGAUCGCCGCCUAACCCUAUCGUGGCGUCCCUCGAUGACGACGGUGCCACGAUACCCGGUGACCUAUCAGCUGGAGCAGAUUGAACUCCCGGAUGGUGAGUGGCACACGACCCGCUCCGGUAUCCGUGGGUGCUCCUGUGAGGUGCGCAACCUGGAACCGUUCCGUGAGUACAAGUUCCGGGUACGCGUCGAAAACCUGUACGGUGUGAGCGAUCCGAGUCCGUACGUGCAGACCUACCGUCAGAAGCUGGAACCGGAACCGCCCGUGUUCUACCCGUACCUGGGCGCGGGCCGUGACUUCCGCCCGGAUACGUCCUCGUUCUAUCCGCGCGAUUUCGAUGUCGAGCGUCCGAACCAUCGUCGGCAGGCGGUUGGGCCUGAGUUCCUGCGUCAGGAGCACCCGGUCCAGUAUGGCACCAAGAACCACAACGUCAGCCUGUUUUGGUUCGUGUACGGCUACCCGAAACCCACCAUGCAGUACUACUUCAACGAUCAACCGAUCGAGGCAGGUGGCCGCUACAGCUUCAGCUACACCCGUAACGGCCAGGCGACGCUGUUCAUCAACCGGAUGACGGACCGCGAUGUGGGCGUAUACGAGGCGGUCGCUUCGAACGAGUACGGCACCAUCCGGCAGCGCGUUUGCCUCGAGCUGGGCGAGUAUCCGCGGUUCCUGCAGCGGCCGGAAGAGGUGUUUAUCAUGGGACGCCGCUCGGGACGCGUCGAAGCGAAGAUCACCGGAGUACCGUUCCCGGACAUCAAGUGGUACAAGGAUUGGCAACCGAUCCACGAGUCAUCCCGCAUUAAGAUGAUCUUCUACGAACCGGACACGUGUGUCCUGUUGCUGACGGAUGCGAUAAAAAAGGACGAGGGUCUGUACUCGAUCAGUGCCAGGAAUGCGAUCGGCUCGAUCAGCUCCUCGGUGACGGUCCACGUGGAGGACACGGAAGAGGACUACGUGUACAAUGCGCACCACCGUACGCCGUACGUCCGGGCCCGGAACAAGGUGUACCAGGACUUCUACGACAUUGGCGAUGAGAUUGGCCGCGGUACGCAGGGCAUUACGUACCACGCGACCGAUCGGUUGAAUGGGCGCAACUUUGCGGCGAAGAUCAUGUACGGCAGUCCCGAUCUGCGUCCGUUCAUGUUCAACGAAGUCGACAUAAUGAACGUGUUGAACCACCGGAAGUUGAUCCGGCUGCACGAUGCGUAUGACAUUAACCGGUCGAUAACGCUGAUCUUGGAGCUGGCAUCGGGCGGUGAGCUGGUGCGGGACAAUUUGCUCAAGUACGAUUACUACACGGAGCGGCAGAUCGCGAUCUACGUUUACCAGGUGCUGCUCGGGUUGGAGCACAUGCAUACGCGCGGUAUCGGUCACAUGGGCCUCACGAUCAAGGACCUGCUGAUCGCGCACCCCGGUAGUGACAAUCUGAAGAUCUGUGACUUUGGCCUGGCGCGGCGCAUUGAGGACGACAAGCUGUACACGCUCGACUACGGCAUGCCGGAGUUUGUCGCCCCGGAGGUGAUCAACCGGUGUGGGGUCGGCUUGGGACAGGACAUGUGGUGCAUCGGUAUCAUUACGUACAUUCUGCUCGGUGGCCACAGCCCGUUCCUGGGGCGCAAUGAUCGCGAAACGCUCACGAAGAUCAAGGACGGCAAGUGGACGUUCACCGGUUCGGUCUGGGAAUCGAUCUCGGCCGAAGCGCGCGACUUCGUGUCCCGGCUGCUGGUGUACGAGGAGAAGCACCGCAUGACGAUCCGGGACGCGCUGAAUCACUCGUGGUUCGAUCUGAUCUAUCGCCGUUCGUUCGACGAAUACCAGAUCGGAACGGAUCGGCUGCGCAGUUACUACUACCAUUACCGCGACUGGUACACGAACGCGUCCUGUCGCACCUGGUACCGGCGCCGGCCACUGAUGAGCUGCUUCGACCACCCGUCGCGCAUGGUUUACCCGCCCGGCAUCAUCUUCACGCCCGAGGGCACGCCGCCGCCGAUGCAGGUGGACGAUAUUCCGCACAAGCGCAAGAAGUGGGAAGAGUACGUGUCGAAGGACAACCACCCGGACUACGAGACGGCCUCGUUCAAGUCGGAAAGCCACUACCAGUACGGGCCGGACACGUAUCUGCUGCAGCUGCGCGACACCACCUUCCCGUGUCGGCUGCGCGAGUACAUGAAGAUCGCCAAGCACCGUUCGCCCAGUCUCGUGUCGGACUCGAACUAUGAUGGCAGCCUGCCGAUCAUUCGCGAGCGGCGUCGGUUCACCGACGUGAUGGAUGAGGAGAUCGACGAUGAGCGGCGCAGCCGCAUCAGUCGCUACGGCACCGAGGACAGUCUGACCGGAGGGGCGCGUCGACUGCGUACCGAAGUUGGCACACGGCUCGGAUCGUACGCCGAGGCGGAAGCACUGAUCGAGUGCAAGCGCGAAGGUCAACCACCGUUCUUCCGCGAGAAGCCGCAAACGAUUUCGAUCCGCGAGGGCGAACCGAACCAGAUCAUCUGCUACGCGGUCGGUGAUCCGAAACCGUCCGUUACCUGGUUCCGCAACGAUAUGGUCAUCACGGACACGAACCGCAUCAAGGUGCUGAGCGAUGUGGACGGCCGAUCGGUCAUCCAGUUCCAUCCGGCCAAUCACAACGAUGUCGGUAUCUACAAGGCGGUAGCCAGCAAUCGGAUCGCCAAGACGGUCGCCCGCUGCCGGGUGGUGAUUGCGCUCAUUCCGGACGCCCCGGACUCGCCGGAUGCGGUGGCCGUGAGCGAUACGGAGGUGCUGCUGCGCUGGAAGCAACCGCGCAGCGAUGGCAACUCGCAGGUGUUCUGUUACAGUCUGGAGAUCAAGGAACACGGCAAGGUCGAUUGGGUGGAUGUGGCGAGCAACAUCGAUCACGAGUUCUACCUGGUGCACGAUCUGCGCCCGAACGUGGGCUACCAGUUCCGGCUGGCGGCGUACAACCGGAUCGGGUGGAGCGAUCGUGGCAUCCCGACCAAGACAAUCACGACGCUGGACGCCGGGGCGCCGAAGAUUCAGAUCACGCGCGCCAUGAAGCACCUCCAGCAGUUGACCGAAUCGGGUCAGCAGGUGGGCCCCGAGGAACGGUCCAGUCGGCUGGAUUACUCGUACGAAAAGAUACCGCUCAAGUGGAGCAUCGAGGGUAACUACAGCGAGAAGUACACGUUCAUGUCGGAGAUGGCCCGCGGUCGGUUCUCGAUCGUGGUGAAGGGCUUGGAGAAGGCCACCGACAAGAUCGUGGUGGCGAAGAUCUUCGAGCUGGGUGACGAGCGGGCGGCCGAAGCGGUCGAGCGGGAGUUUGAGAUGUUGCGUACGCUGCGCCACGAGCGCAUCGCCUCGCUGCUGGCCGCGUUCCGCCCGAAGAACACCUCGAUCGCUGCGCUGGUCAGCGAGAAGCUGCAGGGUGCGGACGUGCUGACGUACCUCAGCAGCCGCUCCGAGUACAGCGAACAGAUUGUGGCCACCAUCAUCAACCAGGUGCUGGACGGGUUGCAGUACCUGCACUGGCGCGGCAUUGCCCACCUGGACCUGCAGCCGGACAACAUCGUAAUGGCCUCCGUACGCCAGGUGCAGGUGAAACUGGUCGACUUUGGAUCGGCCCAGUACGUCUCGAAGCUGGGCACCAACGUCACGCGCACGGGAUGGUUGGACUUUAUGCCGCCGGAAGUGCUGAACGAUGAGGCUGCCCUUCCGCAGACCGACAUCUGGGCGGUCGGUUGUCUGACGUAUCUGUUCCUGUCGGCCACCAGCCCGUUCCGUGGGCAGGAUGAGUCCGAGACGCGCGCCAACAUUAGCUUCGUGCGCUACCGCUUCGAAGCCCUGUACAGGGAGGUUACCGCCGAGUCGACCCGCUUCCUGAUGCUGAUCUUCAAGCGUGCCCCGGGCAAACGUCCCACGGUCGAGGAGUGCUUUGAGCACCGUUGGCUCGUACACACCGACUUCAUGACGAAGAAGCGCGAGAGAGCGAUCUUCCCUGGCAACCGUUUGAAGCACUUCUCCGAAGAGUAUCACACGAUGAAAACGAACGAAGCCACCAAGUCGGAGACCAUCUCCAGCAUCGGUGGCCAAUCGCCUCGCCAGCUGCUGCGCUCGAACAGCAUCCAGGAGGAGCUGCUGACCACCUUCUAAUCCUGCCGCACACGCUUUUUUUUGGGCCACCGAUGCCUGCUUUCACUCCUUCGCUUUGGGAUUUACAUGCGACGAUCACCACGAUCACCACGUUACCGGAAGAAUCGAAGAGAAUCGUUUUGUUCACUGUCGCGUCGUUGUUUCCGCGUGGUCUCCACAUUUGUGUGUGUUGCUGGAAAGACUUGAGAACUUGAGAGCGAGAGACGCCAGAGAAAGACAGUUUAAGGAAGACCGUAGAACCGAAAGAAGUGUAACGCAGCUCUACCACUCGUUUACCGUUUAUAUACACACCCCAAUUUGCCGGAGAAGUAUGUGAUAGCGAGCGGCGGUGGCGGACCGGGGGAUCUUUUUUAUAUGACUUUUUUAACCGCAAAACACAACACAACCAGUUGAAACGACACAUCCCUAAGAAAAACCGGUCCGCCCGCGCUCCUAGCGAAGAGAGUCGAAGAGGGCGUUCAAGCGUUCAGAAUAAUCGCGUGCGUUAAGUGUCCCGUGCCCCGUGCCCCGGCCGGCCGCGAACGCUCGACUGGCGCAACGGCGCGAUGUCCAGCCAGUCCAGCCGCCGCCGCCGCCGCCGCCGCCGGUUCCACGCGGCACGUGGAAGAGUGUAACUUAUUUAUUGUAGAUUAUAUAUUUACCUCUUACCUCUUAUUGCUAUUUGUUUAAAAGUGAAUUUAUCUGCUUUUCGCCGUGCGCCGUUCACCGUUUCUGCUCGAUUGAAAAAUUGCCCCGCCACGCGAUCCUGGCGCACGAUCGCGAUCGCGGGAGGAAUAAAAUUGUUUUUCUUUCACGUCU